UAGGUUUGUGGCUGCCGGGGUCAGUGACCCCCCCUUUGAAAGCUGGGAAGAGUCAGAAGAGGAAGGCAAAUAACCAAAAAGUCAUUGACUGGGCCACACAACAUGGUACCGUGUAUCCGAGUGUCCACAGCCACGUGUGCAUCUAAUGUCCCUGGUAGGACUGAAGACUCGGGGGUCAUGUAGGGGCGAUGUAAGAAUUUGAUUUGACUUAGUUUGUCAUUGGACAAUAUUGUUGAUGACAGCAGGUCUCCGAGUAUCAUCUUCCAGCGAUCCUGGUUCAAGUCCCCAAUAUCCUAAAGGUGCCCAUACAGGGGUUCCAGCUGAUAUCAGUCCUUUAGACCUUUCGGCAUCUUAUUGGCCUGUGUAUGGGCACUAACAUCGGGCCUGCCGACCAGCAUCUGGUCUGCAAUUGGGCAGGUUUGAUGUUUCGACAGAUUGGGGACCGUAUUGGCUCCAGGGCCAAAUAACCGAAUUGACCCAAUAUCGUCCACCUGUAGGUGUGGAUAUCGGGAGAAGAUCCACUCGCUUGGCUUAUGGCCACCUUAAGUCCAUUUGUGUAGAAGAAAAGCAGCUUCUCAUCUCCGGGGUACAGGAGCUUCUGGUGUACAGAACCACCAAUUUUUUGGAAAAUAAGAAUAAGCCUCAAUUUUGUGCUAAUCGCCAGAAUGAGCUUCUGAUCCUCAGUGUCAUUUGUCUCUAACUAACAGGUUCCCUCUGGGCAGUUUCAUUAAGGCUGCUGUAUUGGGCCUGGUCCAACUAUAUAGGAACUUCCUGAGUCUGUAGCUCAAACACUGCAUAAAGAAAUCCAUCAUGUCUGACAGGAUUAAUGCCCAACGUGCCACAUUUUCUGCAAUGGGCCGACCCCAUUAGUUCUCAGAGCGUUGGAUCACUGUGCACCCUCCUCCCCCCCCACCGUGGCAUUAUUGAGUCCAACAAGUUGCAUUUCUCAAAGGUGAUCUGAUAGUUUCGGUUUAAGCUUCCUGUCCGACUAUACCCACCGUGGUUUCACUCUGACUACCUGCACAAGACUUUAUUGCUUUCUGAAAGAUGACUGAUGGCAGAGUGAUCUUCUUGAUCCCCGUAUUUAACCUUUUAUUUACAGAUUCCAUAGUAGGGGAUGACCUGACUGUCUAUAAAAAUUCUCUCAAUGUUACUGCCGGCCAGUCGGUCCUACUGCCAACCUCGUAUUCCAUCACUUACCCGCUUAAGAACUGGCCAUCCAUAGAGUGGGUGACUAAAGAUGACACCAUUGUGUAUUGUUCUGUAACUAAUGGCUCCCUCGGUGCUGAAGGCCGUCCUGUCUGGGUCACUGAAAACACCAUAAUAUCCCCAAAGUACCAAGGCCGGGUGGAUUUCUUCAGACUGAAUGCUUCCCUGUUCCUCAAAGAUCUCACUGAGAUGGAUACUGGAUCUUACACGGUCAGGCUGCUAAUGGAUGGCAAUAUCUACAAAGGGGCAAUACAUUUGUGGGUUCAUCAAAGCCCCGCACCUACUGAUUCCAUGGUAGGGGACAACCUGACAGUCCAUACGAGUUCUCUCAAUGUCAGUGUCGGCCAGUCCCUCCUUCUCCCAACCACAUAUUCCAUCUCAUCUCCAGCUCAGUCCUGGCCAUCAAUAGAGUGGGCACGUGAAGGUCAGACCAUUGUGCAUUGCUCUGUAUCGAACGGGUCCAUCAGAGCCAAAGGCCUACCUGUGUGGGUCAAUGAGAAAACUGGAAUAUCCCCAGAGUACCAAGGCCGGGUGGAAUUCUUCCCAUUGAAUGCUUCCCUGUUACUCAAAGAUCUCAGUGUAAACGAUAGUGGAACUUACACGGUUAAACUUCUAACAGCCAAGAAUGUCAUCAAAGGGACGAUCCAUGUGUGGGUUCAGAGGAGUCCUGCAUCUCUUGAAGACUACAUCACUCAAAGCAGAACAGUGAUUUUCAUCCUACGCAUGAUUGGCUGCUGCAUUACCCCUGUCGUACUGUGCCUUCUCAUCCUGUGCUGCGAGUGUCGUUAAAGGGCCAGCUACACCAUAAACAGCAGAGGGGGUGGAGAGAUGUGAACAUUUCAUGGCAGUAACAGAUGUAUUGUGUAUAAGAAAAGGCUUCCCCCAUACGAAAUGCAACAUCCAAAAGAGAAAAACUUACGGACAAUUGUAUAGACUGAGCUGCCUGGGAACUAUGGCCAACCUGUAACAAAACAGAACACUUGUAUAUUCCAAGCAUUGUGGUGUAUAUUUUUUUACAUAUAACAGACACAAAGGGUCAUUCUUCCAAACAGCUGCUGGAUUUCCCUAAAGCCUCAGUGUUUAUGGACAUUACCCAGUGAUUUACUGCUCUGCUGCUGCACAAAUCCCAGCUCCUUACAUAGAGAAAAGCUUGCAAUAUUAGUAAGGUGUUGGGAUUCCCUUGUCAGUAAUAGAGUUUGCUUUACAAUAAUAAGUGUAACUUGUACAAUGGAGGAAGUAGCUCUCAGGGCACAGGCCCAUUUUGUUCGAACUGUCCCUAAUUAGGCAGGUCACUUAAGGUAAGGGCUUCAAAAGAGGUGAGAAUUAUAGGAAGUGUGUGGCUAAUACAGUGUUAAAAAUGGCUUAUAAAUGUGCCCUGUGUUGGUAUCCCAUAUAGAAUUUUCAGGCAGUUUGUAUAGAUCCUGCUAUGUGCAAGGAUGUGUGAGCCCUGCUAUUUGCUACUGGUAUAGGCCUGUGAGGAAACCAAAGAGCAAAUCAGUUGUUGUACCUGUGGGUAAAACCGCUAUGCAGCUGAAAGAGGCAUUGGUGCAGAAUACAGAGGGUCAGACCCCCAGCCUGGUACUGUAGGGACCCAGAAGGUGAAUGUUUCUAGGCUGGACCCCUCUGCUUAUGCCCCUGUGUCUGUUUGAGGGGGGGGGGUGCUCUAGGUUGGCUUUGUCAGUCACAUUGCCUCUAAAUCCUCAGCCAACACAGCUUGGCACUAUGGUUAAGGUUAUAUACAAAAGUUUAUUACAAUAACAAGGAAAUACAUAGAUAAAAUACAAACAGUUACAGACACAUUGAUACAUUUAAAUUAAAAAACUUUUACAGAA